AUGCCCCUCCUUCCAACCUUCUUUAGGGAGAGCAAAAGUGACAGCCCCACCACCGGCAGGCCACCAAGGCGCCGCAGCCAGCCCCAGCCAAAACCACGGACCAGGUGGCUCACUCUAGGCCCCAGACUCCGGGUGGCAGCCGGAGAACAAGGGUAUGUAAUUAAAACUGGGAGUACAAGAGGGGGAGUCCGGCACAGUCCACCCCCCCUCCGGGAGAUAGGCGGUGCCAGCGCACCCCCCCAUUCGACAACCCUGAACCCUCAAUCUCUAGAUGUGAGAGGGGAUGGAGGAAGCCCACCGUGGGAGCCAGCUCCCCUGCUGACUCCAAUAGGCACCCCUGUUCCCCGAGAGCCCCUCCGGAGAGGGGCCCCCCACCAGUCUCACCACUGUAGCCCGGGGGCCAGGGACCGGCAGCAGGACCCACCAGCCAGCCGGCCCAACAGGCCUCGAGGCACCCCCGCACACCAGAGGCCACGGCAGGGGUGGACAGCCUGGCGUACACCGGCCCAAACCCCAAGCAGUACUCCCCACAGAACCCGAACCCCCACCGGGGCCCCCGCUGCCCGCAACCAGCCCACAAUAGACACACAUGAACCCCAGCCGCGGGCGCGACCACCUAUGCACCCCCCCGGACGACGCAACCACACCAAGCGCCACAGCCAACCACCUAAACCCGAUACCGAAAGACGAGUUAUGCCCCGACACCCUGCAGAACCGAAGCACCCUGGCCGGCACCACAAAAGAACUGGUGCCCGGCACCCGGCACCCAGCCCCACCCAGCAGCAGCACAGCUACCAGGCCAGUAGCCCACGUCCGCCACCACGGAACUCUCCAAGAGCACCGCACGCAGCCGCCAUAGGACCCCCCCGAGGCGCCCCAGGCCCCGUCCCGAUGGGGGCAACAGACCCCAGGGCUAGACCCGCCAGGCACCCCACUCCGAGCGCCACCCCUGAGCCCCCCAGGACCCGAGGACCCCCGAACCAGCCCCCACGCCCCAUAGGACGCGCCCCAAAGCCACCCACUACACUAAGUGAUGGAGCCGAUCAAGGGAGCCCAGAGAGAUCGGUCUGA